AUGAAUACAUCUCCUGUUGGGCCACAUUCUCGUAAAAAAGUAUCCUAUUAUUAUGAUUUUGAUGUUGGUAACUAUUAUUACGGACAAGGACAUCCUAUGAAACCACAUCGCAUACGUAUGACCCAUAAUUUAAUUCUUAAUUAUGGCUUAUAUCGAAAAAUGGAAGUGUAUCGUCCACAUAAAGCUGCCAUCGAGGAAAUGACACGUUUUCACAGUGAUGAAUAUGUCAAGUUUUUAAAUAAUAUUCGACCAGAUAAUAUUACAGAUUUCAAUAAACAAAUGCAAAGAUUUAAUGUUGGUGAAGAUUGUCCGGUAUUCGAAGGAUUGUUUGAAUUUUGUCAGAUAUCAGCCGGUGGUUCGUUAGCCGGUGCUGUUAAAUUAAAUCGAAAAUUAACUGAUAUUGCUAUUAACUGGGCUGGUGGUUUACAUCAUGCUAAAAAAUCUGAAGCAUCGGGAUUUUGUUAUGUGAAUGAUAUCGUGUUGGCCAUAUUGGAACUACUCAAAUAUCACCAACGUGUAUUAUACGUUGAUAUUGACAUUCAUCAUGGUGAUGGCGUGGAGGAAGCAUUUUAUACAACAGAUCGUGUUAUGACUGUUUCAUUUCAUAAAUUCGGUGAAUAUUUUCCUGGAACGGGUGAUUUAAGAGACAUUGGCGCUGGACGUGGGAAAUACUAUGCGGUUAAUUUUCCAUUACGUGAUGGAAUUGAUGACGAGUCAUAUGAAACAAUUUUUAAACCGGUAAUAACAAAAGUAAUGGAAGUUUACCAGCCAGGAGCGAUUGUUUUACAAUGUGGUGCCGACUCAUUAACAGGUGAUCGCUUAGGUUGUUUCAAUUUAACAUUGAAAGGUCAUGGUAAAUGUGUGGAAUUUAUUAAAAGUUUUAAUUUACCAUUGUUAAUGCUCGGAGGUGGUGGUUAUACGAUACGUAAUGUGGCACGUGCCUGGACGCAUGAAACGGCUAUAGCUUUGAAUCAAGAAAUUCCCAAUGAACUUCCAUACAACGAUUAUUUCGAAUAUUAUGGUCCUGAUUUUAAACUGCAUAUUAGUCCAUCAAAUAUGCCAAAUCAAAACAGUUCCGACUACAUGGAUAAAAUUAAAGUAAAAUUAUAUGACAAUCUUCGAAUGUUACCUCAUGUACCGGGUGUACAAAUGCAGCCUAUACCGGAUGAUAUUAUGGAUGUUGAUCGUGUUGUUGACGAAGAUAAAGAAAGAGAUCCUGAUAAACGUAUUUCACAAGUACAAAGUGAUAGACGUAUACAAGAUGAUCGUGACUUAUCGGAUUCGGAAGACGAAGAUGGUGAUAAUCGCCGUAAUCAAAUGAAUUAUAAACGAUCGACAGCACGAAGAAAACCAAGUCCAGAAACGGCAAAUGAUUCAAUUAGUGGAGCUUCUGCUACAGCAACAACUAUAGCUCCUAUGGUAGUCUCAACAACAGAAGUAACGACGAGUUCAGUUGUAAUUACAGCUGAUAGUACAAACACAUCAGUUGUUACGACAACAACUGAGAAAAUUGUCGCCACUUCACCCGAAUCGACAGAAGCUAUAACAACCACACAAGAAGUUGUUAAAACAACAACGGUCACGGUGGAAGAUCCUGAUCAAGUUGCUACUGCCUCUUCACCGCCACCACAAGAUGGAAUGGAUACGUCGGAAAAUAGUCAUCCACCGCAAAUAGAAGAACAAACAUCUCCUCAAGAAGCAGUGCCAAACGAAUCUUUUCGAAAUGAAGUAUCGCCCCCGACUGAACCUUGA